UUAGACCUGGUCAAGGAGGUGAUGAGAUCGGUGGUAGCUUGAGUCCUUUGCCGAAUGUUCUUUAAGAAAGGGAAAUGCAGUCUUAAGGAAUUCAGUUACGAAGGACUCAGUUCAGAGAACAGUGAUAGUUUCUCUUGUUUGUUUAAUCUCUGUCUGCAUGGACCAUGCCGGGCUCUAUGGUGUAAAUGAAUAGCACGAGUAAUCAUGUCAACCUUGUCAAGUGUGAAGUUUUCCCCAAAUUGUGAGUUCCGAGUUUCAUGCCAAAACCAACUCACCAGUGCCGUAGUUAAGUGCCCAUCCUCAGUUGAAUUUGUGAGGUGUGUUCCCAAAACACUUGGCUUGAAGUCAUCACUCUUGUUUAGGACAACUACCAUGGCUGCCUACAAGAUUAAGUUGAUUGGUCCUGAAGGACAAGAGAAUGAGUUUGAGGCCCCUGAUGAUUCCUACAUCCUAGAUGCUGCAGAAAAUGCUGGAAUUGAGCUCCCUUAUUCAUGCCGAGCUGGAGCAUGCUCUACCUGUGCUGGGAAGAUAGUAUCUGGUUCUGUGGAUCAGUCGGAUGGCUCAUUCCUUGAUGACAAUCAAAUGAAGGAUGGGUAUGUUCUAACCUGUGUCUCCUACCCAACUUCAGAUUGUGUAAUUCACACUCACAAGGAAACUGAUCUCUACUGAGACCAGUAAAAUGGAGCUGUCAGGAGCAAAGUCAGGAUUUUAAGGAGACCUUGAGGCCAACUGAACUUGUUCUUUCCUAUUUUCCUGUCGUUGUUUUGUUCCGUGCACAUUCAAUGGUUGUUAUCAAGUUGUUUAAAAUGAACGUUAUGGGGUUGCCAGUAAUUUAGGAUUUGAUGGAUUAUGCCUCUGUUGGUGCUAGGAACCAUUGUGAUUUUAAUAUGGUAAGCUUUUUCGCUAGGCAUUAUUUCAUUGAGAUGGUGUUGCUUUCUGAA